CUUCUGUCUUCAUCACCUACUGUGUUGCCUUACAGCCUUAGUAUUGGCCAGGGGAACCUAAUUCAGCAAGGGUGUGGCUUGAACACUGGAUGAGAUUGCGCUUCUGUGAACCUCCUUAUUUAAUUUGGAGUCUUGCCUCAAAGUCUCAGGUAAAGGUUGAACGUAAUGAACAUGAGCAAGGCAAGACCGAACAAACUAUCUGGAAACUGUCCAAUGGAAAAGUUGAAAAUGGCUCUAAUUGUGCUACUUCAGAGAAUGAAAAACAUAAACACAAUCCAAGGAAAGUUUCCGCAAACCCAGCUGAUCUAGUUCGGGAACAACCCCAAAAUGAGAUUGGGAAGGUUAAGCCCAACUUAAGGAAAAUUCCUGACUCUACAAAGGAGAUAUCUGGUAGGGCAGAAGUGAAUACUGAGACUCCAAAUCAAACUCUAAAGAAAACUUCUGCUUCUUCUGUGGUGGAUGUUUUUGAGGGGGAUUCUGCAUUUCUGUGCUGAGAAGAGGAAUGUUGCUAGUGUUGCAUCAACAAAACCAUCAAAUCUUAAGGCCAAUCCAAAACUGUUGACUGCAAGUGAUUCUGUUGAAGAAUCAAACACUGCCCCUGCUGUAGACUUACAACCUACAGAAAGCAAUGGUAAAGUUGAGAACAUGCAUGCAAGUGAUGAACAGUUAAGCUCUUAAGGAUGGCAUUAUCAGCAGUGAGAAGUGGAACACAAGCCAAAGAAGAGCUUCUUUACCUGGAAAGAUUGAUAAUAAAGCCAAUGGUUUAUAUAGCACACCAAAAGUGCUGAGUUAUAUGGCACCUACUGAAUCUGUUAAGUCAAAGCUCAGAGGAUAAGGCUCCCCAAGAUUUUCGCGUGAUGUAAUAGAGAAAAAGGGGGUAACUAGGCAGCAUUCUCUGCCAUCUGCUACCAAUAGCAACUUAAGUUAUCACCAAGGGCAGAGAGAUUGAUUCUAGCAUCUGGAAAAGGUGCUCUGAGAAAUGAUAAAUCACUUCAUCAUCUAGAGGUGCUGGUGAUAAGGGGAUCAAAGCUGACUGGAGAAGGUAUUUUGCAUGAGAACCUGUUCUUGUUGAAUUCCCAUGAAGGUAGAGAAACAUGCAACUUAACAGCAGGGUUCCCUCUUUAUGUAGUUGAUUUCUGAG